AUGAGCUCUGACGCCAAUUUGGCCCCCGACGUUGCAGAAUAUGUUAAAUCGGCUAUAAAAGUUUCUAAAGAAUGGCGACUGCCGGAUGGACGAGGCGAUUGGCGGGAUGCGAAGGCGACUAUUGUCAAAAAAGCGGCCGUGAUCGGCGGCGGAACGAUGGGGCGAGGAAUCGCGAUCGCGUGCGUGCUGGCCGGCUUUGAGACGAUUCUCGUUGAGCAGAAUGAAGAGGUGAUCGAGGCCAUCUUCGAAAGUAUGAAGCUGAAAAAGGAGUUGAUGGCGCGGUUGGACGCGAUUUGUAAGCCCGAUUGUAUAAUCGCUUCCAAUACGUCGAGUCUCGAUUUUGAUGAGAUGUCCUCUCCCCUCAAAAACCCUGGUCGUCUCGUCGGCAUGCACUUUUUCAACCCGGCCAACGUCAUCAAGGUAAUCGAGAUCGUUUACGGUAGCCACACGAGCAAAGAAGCCGUCGCCACGGCUUUUGCCUCUACGGCGGCGAUGGGAAAGCUUCCAAUUCUCGUGGCAAAUUGUCCGAGCUUCAUGUUCAACCGUCUCCUCCACGUCUAUUUGACACAGGCGAUGAAGCUCACGUAUUUGUAUGGCAUGUAUCCCAAGGACAUUGACCGUAUCUUGGCGCAAUUCGGACUGCAGAUGGGCCCGAUGACGAUGCACGAUAUGAAUGGAAUCGACGUGGGCGCCCGCAUCAAAUCGGAGCACGGCAUGGAGUUGUCGAGAAAAGGCUUCUACCGCUACGACUCGCGUGGCCUAAAAUCGGACGACCCGGAAGUGAAGGCGAUUAUCGAUCGAAUCUCCGCGGGUCAGAAUACGCAGCAGAGGCACUUUGCCGAAUCGGACGUAAUCAGUUUCCUGUUGUAUCCGAUGGUCAACGAGGGAUAUCUUUGUCUCGAAGAUGGCAUCAUUGCCAGCCCCCAACUCAUCGAUCUCAUGUUCCACUUCGGCUUCGGAUGGCCACGUCGCCACGGCGGUCCGAUGCGGUGGGCCGAGCGCUACGAGGGACUUCAGAAGAUUGGCGAGACGAUGAGGGCAGCACAUUCGGCAGAACCGGAAGAGGCGAUCGCAGGAAAAGAAACCAUUUAUUCGACAAGUACGCGCUCAACAACGUGCUCCAAAACUACUCGCCACGCCUCCAACAAA